AUGGAAGUGUUUAUGUUAGGUAUUCAUGUCGUGUGUGACAUGUGCUCAUCAGGAUUCCGGCUAAUCAUAAAUCGUAUUGGCUAUUUUGGGGAAAGGAAGGAAGGGUUUGACACCCCUUGCGAGGUUUGGAGAGUCGAAGCUUUUGAAAAAGAAGGAAGAAAGGGCCCUGAAGGACGGCGAAUCGGCUUUUCAAAGGCGAGGAAGGCAACAGCAUGCGAUGAGGGCCGUCAUGAAAAUUGCUCGAUGACCUUGAUGAAUUGCUCUCAGCGUGUUUGUAUGCAUGUAUGUACUCAUGGAGUUAUGCACCGUCGGUCCUAUAGAGAACACAUGCAUACUGCUUUCGCAUAA